CUGGUUCUAAGUUUCUAGUGUUUACAAAACGAACGGCCGCGCGGUCUAACAACCAGAGUUCCCAACUCUGAUUUCCCUUUUGAGAUUCAUUCUCUCGCUUUCUCCUCAUUUUUUUUCCUGGGACGACUGUGCAAAUGGAUGAGAAGAUCGCCUGCGCGGAGAAGGAGGUUCUUGUCGAAAUUGUGAGGUUGGCCCAAAGGCGAGGAAUGAAGGGUGCAGCAGGAGGCUGGAAGGAAUUCUUGGAUCAUUAUGAUAAAAAGUUGGGCUCUAGUUUAAGUGACCCUGCAAGGAGGUCAAUUGAUGUAUUGGCUGCCUUUUUGAAGACAUUCACAAAAGAAGAAGAUCUAAAGAUUUUUGCUAAAAUUUUGCAAUGCCAUUCCAACCGUAAAGCCAUUAAAAGUCUUUCUAAGAACUCUCCAGAUCUCGAAUCCCCUCAACAGAGACUGGUCCGUUUAACUCUUGAACACCCACAGUAUCCAAUAUACUACUCAUUUCCAUCCUAUAAUGAGCAGGAAUGGGUGGUUACAAAUCUAGGUAAAAUCUCAAAGAUAGCAAAUUCAAAUGAAAUGUUCGCUGUAGAUUGUGAGAUGGUUCUUUGUGAAGAUAAUACAGAAGCAGUAGUGCAAGUGUGUGUUGUGGACCAUAACUUGAAGGUCAAAAUUAAUGAACUUGUGAACCCCAAUAAAGCUGUUGCUGAUUAUAGAACUGAUAUUACUGGAAUCUCUGCAAAAGAUUUGGAUGGAGUCACCUGUACGUUGGCAGAUGUACAGAGAUCACUGAAGAAGCUAUUAAAGCAUGGGGCUAUUUUAAUAGGCCACAGUCUGAAUAGUGAUCUAGAAGCACUGAAAUUGGAUCAUGCCAGGGUAAUUGAUACAUCUUUCAUUUUCAAAUAUAUAAAUGCUCCUGUUACCAGAAGGCCUUCCCUAAAUAAUCUAUGUAAGUCUGUUUUGGGGCAUGAAGUUCGGAAGCAAGGUGCCCAGCAUAAUUGUCUAGAUGAUGCAUUUGCAGCAAUGAAAUUAGUUCUUGCCAAACUAGAGAAGGGAUUUAAUGAGGGUAUUACCAUGCCUCACGAAGAUAUACCUGAAACAGAACUAGCGAAGUUGCUGAUUCAUGGAAUACCAGUUGAGGUGCCCAGCAAAGAAUUAAAGAGAAUCUUUCCCACGGACUACAUGGUUGAAUUUCAGCCCAAUUUAAAAGUUCGAGGACAAAAAUAUUCUACAUUUGCCAUUUUCAAGGAUGCACAGGAGGCAAGUCAAGCAUUUGAAAGAAUUGAAGGCAUCAGAGAAAAGGACUCGCGAGGACGACCCCAGAAAUUCAUCUCAUUUCAACUAAGCACUGGAGCAACUACCAGCCUCUAUGUUCGUAAGAUGGCUACUGAUGACCUUGAUCCAUCUGUUGAAUCAAAGAAGAGAUUGCUUCAAGAGGAGAGGAUCAUAAAUGAGACUAAGAAGUCGAAGAUGAUGACCGCCGAGGAGUCAAAGCCAAGCACCGAAUCAAAUCAAUGUGAGCACCUUAUCAAGGAGAUAGAAAGAUUGAAAGAGGAACUUAGUAAAAGGGAAGAAGAAAACCGUAAUUUGCAAACGAUCAUGGCUGCUCUUAUAAGGAAAAGUGGGCUUUGAAAUGUAUUUUCAUUCAUAAUGCAAACCAUCUAGGUGUUGGUUUUUGACUUUUUUCAUUAUAUAUGAUAUAAACGUAGAACAGGAAUUUCUUUCAGUCAAAUCA